AUGAUCUGCAGGCCCCCACCCCACUUCCAGGACUCCCACCCCAUUUCCCCCCCCCCUUUCCCACCCCACAGCGAGGUCGACAUCUGCUUCCCAUUGGUGGAACAACUCGAGGUCCCCACAACCUGGUGGGACGCGGAGGCCGACAAAUCCCUCCUCAUCGGCGUCUUCAAGCACGGGUACGAGAAAUACAACACCAUGAGGGCCGACCCCACGCUCUGCUUCUUGGAGAAAGCUGGGGGGCCGGAUGAGAAAGCCAUCGCUGCUGAGCAGCGCCUGGACGGCGGCGACGGGUCAGUGGGGGUCCAGACCCCAUAGCUGGGACCCCAAACC